AUGACUGAAAACUCCCCUCUCGACCAUGCUGCGGGCUUCGGUCUGCGCGAAGGAAAGGGCUACCUCCUUGACUCCGGUCACGCAGGAAGCCAACGGCUGAACUACCAGUACCUUAUCUGGAAGCAGUGCCUCAACUACAGUCUGCAUCCCACCAUCCGAGAGGCAGUCGGGGACCACCCACGCAUUGCCGACAUCACCGCGGGAACAGGCCUCUGGCUCCUUGACGCAGCACACGAGUUCCCCGGUGCCAUCCUCGAUGGUAUCGACAUCAACCUCGAGCGACUUCCACCAGCCGCCUGGCGCCCCAGCAACAUCCACCGUCUCUACAACUGGAAUAUCUUUGACGAGGUCCCGUCCGAGCUCGAGGAGAAGUAUGAUGUUAUCCACCUGCGUCUCCUCCUCCUUACCAUCGCGAACAGUGAUCCGGCACCCGUGAUCAAGAAUGUCAUUAAGCUGCUCAAGCCCGGCGGCUGGAUCCAGUGGGACGAUCUGAGCACCGCACACACCUAUGUUGAAAAGACCGAUGAGAAGCUUCCCACCGUGGCGCUCGACAAGAUCAGGGAGUUUGUGCACUCCGGUGGUCGCCAUGACUGGGUGUUUGAUCUGCCCUUGCAUCUGCUCAAGCAUGGAUUUGAGGAGAGCCAGUUGACAUUUUAUCAUGGACGACCGGACUUGAUUUGCCAUGAUACUGAGAUUCAUUUGAUGACGAUCAAGGAGUUCAAUGGUCAUAUGAAGACCGAAGGACGGGAGGAAGAGGCGAAGCAUAUUGAUGAUCUUGUCGAAGAUGCAUAUGCAGAGGCCCAGAAAGGUGCUGGGGUUACCACCCCCCGGGUCGUGUGUGUUGCUAGGAAGAGACCGGUUCCCUAUGCUGUGCGCGAGGCACUUUUCUUUUCUUGA